ACGUGCUUUAAUUUGGUUAUAUCUAAUGAUUUCACAAGCUUGGUUUUAAAAUGGCGGCAUUCAUUAUACACCCAUGCUAAAACCUCUCCCAGCACUUUGUCUGGUUUGCUUAGUACUGCUUUUGCUACUGCCUUUAGCAUAUGGCAUGUUGCAGCUCAAAGUGGGCCUCUUAGCUGCUGUUUAUUUUGCUGCCAGCAAACAAAUAUAAGGUUGCUGAAAAGUGCCUUUCCUGAAUCAGCCGCUGCUUGGAUUUCUGCCUAGGGUUGUCUCUGCUACUUUUUUGUUUGGCAUUGCUUGCAGUUCACACCCCAAAAGCAACUCAUUCUUACAUUUGCUUUUAUUUUCACUUUGCCUUUCUAUUCUCACAGAAUAAAGAUUACUUUCUGAUUCACAUCCUUUGCCUAAUUUUAUAGUUCUUUCAAAGCUUAACUUUCUAAGUCAAGAAAUUAAGGAAAAGUUUUCCCUCCAACUGAGCUCAGUAAUCUUCUAAAACUAAAUAGCUGCCAUUGGCAUGUACUUUCUUUGCUGGUAAUAUUAAAGUCUUGAUUACAGGAGCACAUAGUUAUUUGGAGGAACUGCCACUAAUUCUUAAGCAACUUCAGUAGUGGGCACAAAAUCUAAAACUUACUUUAUCUUUUUGUUGCACUUUCAGGAGCUGGCCUCUGAAUUGAUUCUCAGUCAUUAUAAUGUGACUUAUAUAUGGCUUUACACUGAAGUCUUGCUUAAUUAAGCAAAGAACUCUGGUUUAAAUGAAAACCUAAGUGCUGUCACACAUUUUACCAAAGCAACACAUUUGUUGUUCUACAAUAUUUAACUUGAACUCACUUUUUUACCCGUUUUUAUAAAUAAUACAUUUUUUUGCAAAAGGGAAGGUGAAGAAUCACCCGCUUUUUAAUAUAAUUUCUUAAUAUGGCUGUCAACAUUUCCCUAGUCCGUGACACAAAAUGGCUGACUUUGGAAGUUUGUCGAGAAUAUCAGAGAGGAACUUGUUCACGAUCGGAUGCUGAAUGCAAGUUUGCGCAUCCAUCCCGAAGCUGCCAUGUGGAAAAUGGACGAGUAAUUGCAUGCUUUGAUUCCUUGAAGGGUCGCUGUACCAGAGAGAAUUGCAAGUAUCUUCAUCCUCCUCCGCAUUUGAAAACACAGUUGGAAAUCAAUGGACGUAAUAAUCUGAUCCAACAGAAAACUGCAGCUGCCAUGCUCGCUCAACAGGUGCAAUUCAUGUUACCUGGCACCCAGCUACAGCCUUUAACUACAUUUCCUGUGACUCCAUCCCUAGCAACCAAUCCUACAGUGGCAUUCAGUCCAUACUUGAGUCAUGUUUCCCCUGGAGUGGGUUUGGUUCCUGCAGAGCUUUUACCAAAUACGCCUGUCCUGAUGUCCAGCAGUCCUAGUGUUACAGUACAUGGGAGCUCUGCUGGACAGAAACUUCUGCGCACAGAUAAAUUAGAGGUCUGUAGAGAGUUUCAACGUGGAAACUGCACACGGGGUGAGAAUGACUGCCGUUUUGCCCACCCUAUAGAUAUUACAAUGAUUGAUACAAAUGAAAACACUGUCACAGUCUGUAUGGAUUACAUCAAGGGUCGCUGCUCCAGAGAGAAAUGCAAGUACUUUCAUCCUCCUGCACAUCUGCAAGCCAAAAUAAAGGCAGCACAACACCAAGUGAACCAAACAACUGCAGCUGCAAUGACUCAACCAGCUGUCAGAUCACUGAAGCGACCCCUCGAGGCAACCUUUGACCUGGCCCUGCAGCCUGGUGUACUCCAACCUUUACCAAAGAGGCCAGCACUUGAAAAAAACAAUGGUGCCACCACAGUCUUUAACCCCAGUGUUUUCCACUAUCAACAGGCUCUAGCUAACAUGCAGCUUCAACAGCCUGCAUUUUUCCCCACAGUAGACCACGCUGACGUCAUCAACAGAAUCCUGGAGUACCAGGAGUGCUCCUUGGGAAGCUGCACACGGCCUUUCUGUAAAUACUCCCUUCCUACCCCUUCUGCCACUUCUACAGUAAGCCUUUUGCAGCCAUCAUGCUAACCAAAAACCAACAAAUGGGAAUGUCAACCAACCACAUAAGAAAACAAUUAAGAUAUACACAGUGCUCUGCUAUAUAAGGUGUAGAGAUCAAUAGACUUUUAUAACAGAUUGCUGUAACACAUGUAAUCAAUUAUAUUGACCAUAUGAUAAGUGCAUCUAAACAGUGGACUGCUGGUUUACUGUACAUUAUUGAUGAUAAUUGUUUAUUGUCUUUUUUAAGUGUUAUCUUACUGUUUUGUUUACAUCAUAAUGUAUUAGUUUGUUUUAAAGAUAUAUUUGUACAGGUACAGCCAACACCAUGUUUUCCAUUGCCAUGAAGUCUUUUUUUAGAAGUACAUGUUGAUGGAGGGAAUUAUCAAGCGUUAUAAUGUUUAAAGCAGCAUCAUAUAGGAACUUACAUGCCUGCUAAAGAAUGUGGUUAGCGGUGUACUAUUUUACAAUAUUUAAAAAGUUGGUAGAAUUCACUUUACUAAUAGCUGUAGAAUUAUUAUGUAUUCUUAUAGUGUUCAAAGAGUAGACUAGAAACUCCUAAUAGUGAAAGGGACUGUAUUUUCUUCAUGUAAAACAUGGAAGGGCUGUUUCAAGUCUAGGUUCUGGCUCCACUUUCAGGAAUGUUUCUUUUUUGUGCCUGUAACUUAAAUAGCUGAAAUGGAAGACCAGAAUAUUAAACAGUCAUCUGCAUUCAGAAUGUAUUUAUGAAGGCUGUUAUACAGGUAAAGAGUACAGAAACCAAGUGGGUAUAGCGUAGUGCCACGUGUAACACAGUAUAAGUAGCAUUUCUUCUUGUAAUCACAUAUGACCAGUUUAAAGUUUACUAUGAAUACAUCAGAGCCAGGCAUGAAGUUCCAUGAAAAUUCAAAAGCGCUGUUUUUUCACAGACUUUGGGAAAGGAGAAACAUGGUUUUGGUACUGUCUGCUAUGAUUUAAUGUGUAAGUAUGGGUUUUGCACAACUGUGCCACUGACUCAAAAAAGAUCACAACAAGUCAAGUGAAGUCAGGAAGAUUGCAGUUAAUCUUGCUUGGAAUUGGUUGCUUAAAACAGGGCUCAAACAUUUUUGACCGUUUAGUUUUAUUUCAUUACUAUGAACCUGGCACAGAUGUGCAAAGAAUGUAAAUGUAUAGAACAGCCAUUUUCAUUUCAUAUUAAAGCACUGAGAAAUCAUUCAAGGUUCAUUUGUAGGGGAGUGGUUGUACAGAAUGUUGAGGGUAGUUCAUUAGGUGCCACACAUUUUUUUUUAAAUGCUGGCAAUCAUAGAGUAAUUUAUAAAUGGACUUUUGGAAUGAAAGCUUAACGCACUAAAGUUGUCACCAAAUUAAAAAAAAACAAUCUUGGAUGAAAUGCCAUUUUUGAGGUAGAACUAUUUAAAUUAGUUGUGCAAUUACUUACUUUGAUUUGUUCAAGAGGAAAAAAGUCUUCAGACUAUAAAUUUCGCAAUUCACACAUGCUAUAUAAAGUCACAGAAUGAAUGAGUGACUCUAAACAGUGUCAUAGGCAGGAAACUGUAUAUUUUUGAUUGCCAUGAAAUGUUCAGAUACAACAUCCUUGAAUCAAUAUUUUUUAAUUCUCUUAACAUCUCCAUUUUAUAAUUUUCCACAUUUUAUGGACCUAUUUUUUUUAAUUUAUCCAAAGUUGUUUCACUCUCCAUAAUGUCUCAGCAUUAUGCAAGCAAUGUGCACGAUUGAUGAAAUUUGGACAAAACGGGUCAUACAGAAAGCUGAAUUUAAUGUGGAUGUUACGUAAGUCUUAAUACAAUUAAAUCUCUAAAACACAGAAUUAGCAAAGCUGUAUUUGGAAAUAAUUUAUAAAAGGACAUUAGAUUUGUAGUUUUUUUAGAUCAAAGAUGCUCUUUUCUUCUGUCACUACAGUAUUUUUUUUUAUUUUUUUUAAUGACACGUUAUUCUUCAAAUACAUUUUCUCAAGCAGCCAUGACAUUUUGUUUUAUAUGUGCUAGUCUAUAUGAGUUUGAUUUAAUAUUUACUUUUUUAUAGGUUGUUAUAAUUCAUAACAUUUAUUAUAUAACAUAUUGUGACCCCAAAUUAUUAAGAAAAUAUUUAUCUGUUGUAUAUUUCUCAAAAAUGUAACCUACAAAAUGAACUCUGUGAGGAAACAUAUUGCCCCAUUCUUGUUGAAUGGAUUUAAUAUGCUGUUGACCUGAUUUUACCAUGUGCCUGUCAAAAGUCCUUAAAUUAUGUAAUUGUGGAAUUAGUGAUAAUAUUAGAGGAUUUAGAGCACAGCCUCAUCCAUCUGUACAUAUGAUUGCAUUAUAUUAGGUUAUUAGAGAGCAUCAUGUUUAUUCAUGUCACAUAUUUUAAUUUGCUUUAUAUUAGUUUUCAUUUGUGUGUUAUUUUUACAUUUAUGGUAGUAAGUAAUGAAUUUAAUUUGAAGGAGUGUUUAAGAAAAGUGUAGGGCUUUAAAUAUCAUAUUGGUACCCACGUCAUUUUUUUGCAAUGUUAACUAACACACUUAAGCAUGAUAAGGCAUAAACUAAAUUCAGAAACUAGUUUGUAUAGUUUACAGUUUAAAAGAACAAAAUUAACUUUGUAUGUAACUCCUACAAUGAUAGAUUCAUUGUUAACUAAUUAUGAUAUUAAGUUGUUGCUAUGGCAACAAAACUGCAACAUGGCUACCUUUGUAUACAUUAUUUGUGAAGUUUUCACAUGUAAAUUAAAAUGUGCAACAGCAUGAACUUGUUAAAGGUACAGUUCGAUACUGUCAGACUAAGAAGUGGUAAAAUAUUUUUAAAACCCAAAGUCCCAUGUGAGAGCUGAAUCUAUGUCAUUGUGUCACUUUUCAGUCAAAGACGUUUACAACACAUGGAUUUAGAGUCAGGUUUUAUAGCGUGUAGAACUCGUUGUGUGAAUAGGGUUAUUCCACAGUAUUUGGUAUUUCUAGGGCAAUGCACUUCAUAAUAAAUUUAUUCCAGCCCUGGUCUCAAAUAAUGCCAACAUUUUUGAUAAAAGUACACCAAUUUUAAAAUUUGCUGCCACUGUAUUUUCUUUUAAGAGCAUAUUUUCAGCUACAAAUGUAUUUUAUUAAUUUAUGCAGUUUUUCAAGACAGACUAAUUUGAUUUUUUUUAAAUACAUUUUUUUUAGUCAAAUUCAGUGUCAGAACAGUUUUAGAUUUUGGCACUGCAUGUCAGAAGUAGUGUGGAAUAACCCCCUUAACAGUGUUGAGGAUAUAAUUAUGCUGCAGUUUAACAGAUAAAAGUUAGUGUACGAAUGUGUGAGACACAUCUUUUUUGCACUUAUGUACAUAGUUAUUGAAAGAAAUAUUCGGAACUUAUUUUGAAUAUAAAAAAGUCUGUAAUAAUAUGGGAAAGUUUGUAAAAGAGAUAGGUAUUACUAAGGCUUUGACAAGGAGGCAUUUUUUGCUAUAAAACUUAUCUGAAAGCAUGAUGUUGCUUUGCUGUUGUAAAAGCUUUGUAGUUUGCCAUAGCUUACAAUACAGCAGAUGGACAACAAUUGAAAAUCCAAACCUGCAGCACAAUACAUGGAGAAAGAGUUGCAAAGUGAUGUAUAAAAGAUUAUGACAAAGAUUUUGGGUUGCUUCCAAGUUUCUAGUAUGCUGUUUCAGCUUAGUGUGUAGAGGGAUUAUAAACCAGUGAGCUAAAUUGUUGACAGAUGACAGAAUAAGAAUUAAAAUACACAUCCUCUUUCAUGCUGGGCAUAAACCUGAAUAAAUCAUAUCAGUGAA